AUGAUUGCAUCCUUUUCUUGUUGCUUAGCUCAGGAAGUGCCUCGCUGUUUUGUGUCCGGCUUGAGGGAUAAAAACCUACACACGUCGUUGCUGCCCCCAGGCCCGCUGGUAGAUGCCCACGUGAACCACAAGGGGGUCGUCUGGACUCUGUGGGACCGGCCCCGGGGAGGCGGCGGGGUUUCCAGUGGAUACGGAGGCGUGUCGAGUUACGGGGAGAACGGGACGUUCGACUCCGUUCACCACCAGACGGUCGACGAGUGGCUGGGUUCUCAACAGGAGGAGGACGCGGUUCUCGACGAGCUGUUCAGGAGCAAGGGGGGGUGGCCCGGGUUGGUGGCCCUGCGGUGCCCCCCGCAGGGGGGUGGGGAGGGGGGCACGAGAGCGGUGGCGUUCGCCUCGGUGGAGUUGAUGGAGAGCUUUUACCUGCGAAGGAUGUUUACGGCGGGGAGGUUUGGGAGGCGCGUCCUGGCGUCUGCGAUUCGGGAGGCGGUUCCGUUGAUGUCCAACGCCGGGCCGCUCUCCUCCAACUCCACAUCGCUGCAAGACUUGCAAAACCUGGCUUUGGAGGGAGUCCGCAGUGCCGCCGAGCAAGCUUGCAGGACGCUCGAUGAGGAGGAGGAUAAGGACGACCCGCUCGCCAUGUCUCUGACGGCUCAGCAAGCUCUGAGGGACGUGCACGGGUUUUGGAAGCGGUUGUUGCUGGCGUGCGUGGAGGGGGGGCGGGCGGAGGCUCGACCCUUGGGGUUGGUUCCCGGCGGCAUGGAGACCUUCGUGACUCCCUUUGUGGUACGGGCCGGGCGCACGACAUGUCUCAUUCCCCGCGGUGAUAGAAGGGGCGGCAUCAGCAUGUCCGUGGCGGUGGCGGGAACAUCAUCGCCACGGCAGGGUCAGGGGUCCCCCAUAACGGGUGGCGGCGGCGGCGGCGGCAGUAGCUGUGACAGGCGCGUGGCCAGGCUGCGGGGCCUCGCCGCUGGAGUUCCGGCGGCGUUUGAGGAGGCCUUGGUUGCCGAGACCGGGGGCAGGGUUGUCGUCGCCGCCGCUGCCGCCGCCGGAGGCGGGGGGACGGCGGCUGCAGCGGCGGCCUGGUUUCGGGGUUUCGAGGCGGAGUCGGCGUUGGCGAGAGAGGGGACGGCGGGGGGCCUCGCGGACGCGGAGAACCUCCCCCGGGGGCUGGAGGAGGAGGGGGGUUACAAGCGGGAGCAGGCGUCGUUUCUGAGGAAGGUUUCCGACAUUCUGCUCCGGAACACUACCGGUGCCUGCCUCGCGGAAGCGGCGGCCGCGGUCUUGCAGACGGAUGCCGUGCGCGACGUCCUCACCUGGGCAGAGAGCCUGAAGCCGGCGAAGGAGCCGCCGCGGUCCCGCCCCCUCGGACACGGCGGAGGAGUUUGCGGGUGCUCUUCCGGGAUAGCUACCGCCGCUGCGUUCGGGACAGUCAAGCUUAUGAAAGAGAGGUCGGCCGAAGCACGCAACACGGCAGUGGUGCUCAUGCUGGUGCUCGAGCAGGUCGAUAGACUCGGACUCGCUGACCAGCUCGAGGCCAACAUCGUCGCGACCGCCCUGCCUCUGGCUCUCAAGUGCAUGAACCAACACGCCCUAUCUGCGGAAGUGGGGAGCCACCAUCUCCGCGUGCGGGGCGGAACGCAUCCGGUAGCCUCGCGGCGUGGUGGCAGGAGCGGCUGGGGCGGCGAUGCGCAGCCGGCCUCCGUGGCCGCAUCAAAGCCGUGGGGUUGCACGGCUCUCGAGGGCCUUUUCCUUGACAGCUGGGGCGUGGUGCAAGACUACUGGGCCAUGUCGACGGAGGCUAGUGCGAGGGGGGGGCGCCAGCUGGGUCUUGGGGGAGUCCCGUCGCUGCUGGCGGGGAUGUGCGAGGGUACCCUCAGGUCCCACCUGACGGACCUCGACAGCGGCGGGCUGAUUUCGUUCCUACAUGCCAACCAGCAGUACCAGCUGGCCCUGCCUCUGGUUGGACUUGCGGUGGAGUGGCAGUGGCGCAUGAAAGUCGAGCCUCAUGCUGCGGUGCUGACGUCUAUCGCGCGGGGUUUCCUAUACUCUGCGGAAGCGGCUGCUCGUUCGGAGGGCGGGGGGAGUCCGUCAUCGGGUUCUCUUCUUGACCGAGCCACCAAGUGGUACCUGAAGUCGUCGCAGGCCCUCAGAGCCCAACUCCUCCGGUCCAGCGGCGGGGGCGGCGACAACCAGGCGGAGUUGGUGGUGAAGCACUUCGAGGACGCCCUGCUAGAGGUCGAGCGUGUGAGGGAAGGGUUGAAGAGGAGGAGGAGGGGCGGGGUGCAGGCAGCGGCGGCGGCGGCAACGGCGCUGGUAGCGCAGGGGGCCGGGGAGAGAGGUGGCGGCGGCGGCGGCGGUGGGGAAGACUUUGGAGGAAGGGGCCCCGUGAAUGCGUUGGAGCUUGCCCGCGCGGCGCUCGAAACGGAGAGGGAGCUCCGCGGAUCGGCGGGGGGUCAACAGCCCCACCAGCCCCACCAACGGAAGGCGAGGCUUUGCCAGCUGGUUUUCAAGCACGCCUCUGAAGCGUUGUGUUUCCGGGAGGCCUUCGAUGCGGUCUGCGACAACCCCAUCGACCAGCAGCGGAAGGAGAACCUCGCGGCGCUUGCGCAGCACAUGUGCGAGAGCGGACGGCUCGGCGAGCUGUGCUCGCUGUCCCUCGCCGACUGCCCCCGCGGAGGCGAUUGGCACACCUCGCGCGUCGUAGAGAGAGCGCUGUGGCCGCUGGCGCGGCGGUCGAGUGUUGACGAUCUCGUUGGAGGUCCGUGUGGGAAGGGGAGGUCGAGAGUCAACUAUUACGACUGCCUGUACGCGUUCUACAUGGCCCGGGGGGAGGAGGUAGCGGCGGCUCGUGCUCAGGACGAACUGAGAGAGAGGCUGGAAGCCCAUUCCGCCGCCUCCACCUUGCCGUUCGCGGCGGGCGCUCAGCGAGCUCGCCUGGCGGCGCUGAACGCUCUCUCCGUCGCCGGCAAUGCCUACCCCUCCUCCGAUGACACGGCCGCCGCCGCCGCCGCAGCGCCGGUGGCGUCUAUCUGCCCCCCCCCGGGAGAGCGCCGCCUCGACGGCUACGGGCGGCCGGCGGGGGUCCGCACCGUGGCGGUUCUGGGACGCGAGGCUGUCUCGGCAGCCGGGGCGAUCGGAUUAGCCGUGGCAAACGCUGCGAAGGAGGAAGGGGUGCAAGAGUUUGGUGGACGGUAUGCGGAGGAAGAAGAGGCGAAGGAGUUUGGUGAACGGUAUGCCGUGGGCGUGCAAGUGUCGGUCGAGGUGGGGAACGCCGACGUUUCAGGUUUGGUGGAGGCGUUGGCUUUGGCAGGGAGGUACGAGGAGGCUGCGGAUGUGGUGCUGGAGGGGUUGGCACACCAGCCGCGUUUGAUGGUGGAGGAGAUGGACAAACUCGUCAGCGCCCUCGCCCGCGCUUGCGUUCGGACCGAGGACAUCGCCCAAGGGUAUGAGGUUGGGCCGCUCCCGCUGCUGGUUCGGGGGGUGGGUCCGCUCAAGCCAAGGGUGCCGGUGCCAUGGGCGGAGGCGGAGGGCGACACGACGGCGACCGCGAGGGCCCGUGCGCAGGAGCACGCCACGUCGCUGUGGCCCGUCCUUCGCCAACUUCUCAGGCUGGACAGCGCGGAUAACAACUUCUCGUACCACACGGCUACCGUAGCGGUGUUGCUGGAAGAGAUGCCAGCAUCGACGUUGCCACCAUGGGUGGAAGACUCGUACCUGGGCCUGGGCCAGGAGGUGCCGGACCCACCUGCAAACGCCAACGCCUUCCUACCGCCGCAACCCCAGGCUCUCCUCGCUCCGUGGAAGGCUUUCACCUCCGGAAGGGGGGGAAACGGCCCCAGCGGCCCCGACCCCACAAAGCUGCUCGAUAUGUACGUGUUGGACGGGCGCCUGGAGGAGGCGUGUUUGUUCCUGUCGAGGGUACUCGAUACCCGGGAGAUUGGGGACAUCGGCGCCCUCACCGAGCUUGUACCAGAGAAGGACGGCGGGACGGAUUACCUCCCGUACGCCUCGAUAGACCGUCUUUUCGCCCUCAGCGAAGCGAGCCUCGCGCGGUCGAAGGGGGCCCCGACGACUCAGAAGGAGGGGAGGGUAACCGCCGGUGGCCUCGCGGGGGCUUUCGAGACCGCCCAGGAGAGGCUGGUGCAGUACUUCAAGGUCGCCAAGGCCGUGUCGGACCAAGCCCAGCCGAACCGAGCCGCGGAGGCGGCAGCGGCAGGCCGGGGGACCUGCGACGCUUCGACUUUCAUGAUGAUGGACUAACCGAUUGGUUCCAAUGCUUCCUAAUCUUUCGAAUUUUUUUUCAGUGUUGUAUGGGACUUGGAAUGUUUGAAAAACUGUGGCUGGCUGGUAGUGUUUUGCUGGUAGUGUUUUUUUUCUUAGAAAAAGGAGGGAAAAAGGAGAGGCAGCGACGGUUCUGCUUCCCACCAAUUGCAAAAGUUUCUAGUACCAGUAGUAUUUUUGCCAUCGGCGGGAUGGGGCGGGAGGUUAUGAGAGUUCGAUCUGUGUUCACGUAAGGCGUCCCGCGUUAAUGGAGACCGGCGGACGUUAUGACGAGAAAACAUCAUUUUCAGUCUGAGAACAAUCCCAGUGAUGUUAGUUUUGUCGUUUCUUUGAUAUUUGUCGUUUCCCUUGGUGCGUUUUUUUUUUUUCUAGUCGGGAGCACGGUGGCGGUUUGAGGGCACACCUGCUUGUUCUGGCGCCACGCGCUUGAUUGGCGCUUGGACACGGGUAACCACACCGAGUGGGCGGCAUCAGUAAGAGGCGUCAAGGCGGUGAAGACUUUGGAUGGCCCUUUGUUCUGUAGGCUUUUGAUUUGGCCCGUUUGUUGUGUAGGCUUGUGAUUGGCUCAUUUGUUCUGGAGACUGUUGAUUGGCCCAUUUGUUUAUUUAUUGUUUUCGCGCCCGAACUUGAAGCAGCGCAAACAUACGCAUAGUGCUGUAGAGGUUACCACGUUUGGCGUAAGGAGGAGGGCGGCAGUAGGCAGCAACGGUAUCCAAACAUUCCGCACGUGUCAAAGUACACCAACAUUGUAUUCUCCAACCUACCCUCGGGGCCACGGACGGUAGUACAAUAAAUAGUGACCAUGCAAUUGCUGGUCGUGAGGGUCAUUGGCUAGAUGGUGUAAAGGAUAGGAUGGAACACAUGAUUCAGUUUUAAUAUCAACCCCAGCAGUUUACACCAAUA